CCCAUCCCUAUUUCAGGCCAGGUUGCCUGCGUGGAAAAUAGCUUUCUAGCUUACAUUUUUGUUAAUUAAAUAGAAAUUACUGCACAAUAACAACGAAAUUCCUGCGAAAAUGGCUGCUGCGGUGCCUAUGCGAACCAACUGGAACCCGAACAUAAAGCACAACGAGAUGGAGCGGUGGAUCUGCAUAUAUCCCGCCUACAUCAACAGCAAGAGGACUCGCCAGGAAGGUCGCCGUCUGCCCAAGGAGAAUUGCGUGGACAACCCCACCUACAUAGAGAUCCGGGACGUACUCUCAGUGAGCAACCUGCAGUUCCUCAUGGAGAACAUGAAGUACUGCCGCGAGAAGAGCAGCGAGCUCCAGUUCCGCGGGCGUGUGCGCGUGCAACUGCGAAACGCCGACGGAACCCUCUUCAACAAAGACUUCCCCUCGCGGGAGUCCGUAAUGCUGCACAUCGCCAGCAAGAUCCCGCAGCUGAAGACGCGCCAGAACAAAACCGGCGACUCGUACCACCAACAGUCGCAGCCGCAGCCCAGUGCAUCCGGAUCCGGAGGUGGCGGCGGCGGUGGCAAGAAGGGCAAGGGCAAACGCCGCUGAUGACUUCGUUAGUUUUGUUUCAUUUGUAAUAAACUCUGUAAACAUA